CGUGACCGCGGGCGGGGCGGGGCGGGAGCCGCCGCCAUGCACCGCCGAGGGCCCGUCUGCCGGCUGCUGCUGCUGGCCCUGGUCCUCUGGCGCUUGCACCCGGCGCGCCCCCGGAACGUGCUGCUGAUCCUCGCGGACGACGGGGGCUUCGAGAGUGGCGUCUACAACAACAGUGCCAUCAGCACCCCUCACCUGGACGCCUUGGCCCGUCGCAGCCUCAUCUUCCGCAAUGCCUUCACUUCCGUCAGCAGCUGCUCUCCCAGCCGAGCCAGUCUGCUCACCGGCCUGCCCCAGCAUCAGAACGGGAUGUACGGCCUGCACCAGGACGUCCACCACUUCGACUCCUUCGACGGGGUGCAGAGCCUGCCGCGGCUGCUUGGCCAAGCUGGCAUCCGCACAGGCAUCAUUGGGAAGAAGCAUGUGGGGCCUGAGAUGGUGUACCCGUUUGAGUUUGCGUACACGGAGGAGAAUGGCUCCAUCCUCCAGGUGGGGCGGAACAUCACCAGAAUUAAGCUGCUGGUCCGGAAGUUCCUGCAGACUCAGGAUGACAGGCCCUUCUUCCUCUACGUCGCCUUCCAUGACCCCCACCGCUGUGGGCACUCCCAGCCCCAGUAUGGGACCUUCUGUGAGAAGUUUGGCAACGGGGACAGCGGCAUGGGGUGGAUCCCGGACUGGACCCCACAGACCUACGACCCGCGGGACGUGCUGGUGCCUUACUUCGUCCCUGACACCCCCGCAGCCCGAGCUGACCUGGCCGCUCAGUACACCACCAUCGGCCGCAUGGACCAAGGGGUUGGACUCGUGCUCCAGGAGCUGCGCGGAGCGGGUGUCCUGAAUGACACACUGGUGAUCUUCACGUCCGACAAUGGGAUCCCCUUCCCCAGCGGCAGAACCAACCUGUACUGGGCGGGCACGGCCGAACCCUUGCUGGUGUCAUCCCCAGAGCACACGAAACGCUGGGGCCAGGCCAGCGAGGCCUACGUGAGCCUCUUAGAUCUCACGCCCACCAUCUUGGACUGGUUCUCCAUCCCUUACCCGAGCUAUGCCAUCUUUGGCUCAAAGACUGUCCAGCUCACUGGCCGGUCCCUCCUGCCAGCGCUGGAGGCAGAGCCCCUCUGGAGCACCGUCUUUGGCAGCCAGAGCCACCACGAGGUCACCAUGGCCUACCCCAUGCGCUCCGUGCACCACCGGACCUUCCGCCUCGUGCACAACCUCAGCUUCAAGAUGCCCUUUCCCAUCGACCAGGACUUCUACGUGUCACCCACCUUUCAGGACCUCCUGAAUCGCACCGUGGCCGGCCACCCCACGGGCUGGUAUAAGGAUCUCCACCAUUACUACUACCGGGAGCGUUGGGAGCUUUAUGACAGGAGCCAGGACCCCCACGAGACCCGGAACCUGGCUGCUGACCCCCACUAUGGACAGGUUCUUGAACUGCUCCAGACCCAGCUGGCCAAGUGGCAGUGGGAGACCCAUGACCCCUGGGUGUGUGCUCCCGAUGGCGUCCUGGAGGAGAGGCUCUCCCCCCAGUGCCGGCCACUCCACAAUGAGCUGUGAGAGUCCCUGGGGGCACGCGGGCGGCCUCUCCAGACCGGGUCCCCACUUUCCAGCGGUUGUGGAAGGAGGGGUCCCUGUGGCCCACCCUAGGAGGGCUCUCCCUGAUGCUGGUGUCACUCCUGCCACUUCCUGGAGGGGAGGGCAAGACGUGUGCCCCAGCCCUUCAUGCUCUGUGGUAGGGGACACUGCUGUCCUUGUGCCUGAGCCCUGUCUCCGCAUAGGAAUUCCAGGGGAUCCUGGAACGGGGACCCCCAGUCCGUGAAGGUGAGGAUGGCCUGGCAGGGGAGUCUCGUGUCCUGGGUUGGGCUGGGGAGCUGGGGCUUGAGGUCCUUUUCAUUUUUUGGAGUGGGUACCCCAUGGGUGGCGGGCGGGUUCAGACCACGCUCUAUGUAGAGACACACUGUGUGCCUUUUAUCAGCCUCCGGUCUUGAAGAAAUCUGUGACUGAACCCGGGGCUUGUUUUGCGUUGUCCCACGGUCAAGCUGCUGGCCCUGGCUGGGUUUCCACAAGCCACUGAUUCAUGGCAGG